AGCUCUGACUGUAAUAAUCCUGAUGCCAUUGGCCAGAUCAAGCCCGGCCUCCAUACCGCUCCCUCUCUCUGUUGCUCCCGCGACAAAAACAACGACUGGACAUGACAGCUGCACGGUGACACGGUUAAAUAAGACCCGUGCUGACCCAUACAAGUAUUAAUAUAGCAAAUUAGACCCAAUAAUGGGUUUUGUUUCACGUUUGUUCUGUAUGAACGGCGGCAGCCUCUUGAAAACACGAGGUCUGCCUACACUUGCUCAGUCCUGAGCGGCUUCCGGCUAAGCUAGCUCGCGAUCUCCAGCUCGGGUUUUGUUUCUUAGCAUUAACUUAAAGUAUAUUUUGUUGGUGUUCUUGCCGUCACGUGUUUAAAACAUGUCUCAUACGGGUGGAGCAGCGGUAGACGCGACUGAAAGCAGCGGUUGUUCGAUGAAGCUGCGCUCCUCCGCCAGCGUCGGCCUCCGGAGCGGCUCGUGCUCCGGCGAGAGGCUCGAGCAGCUCCGCGCGGUGAAAUCAACGCUGCUUGAGCGGCUGGGACCGCACGAGCGCACGCUCACCUAUCUGCAGUCUGUAUUGUUGUGGGAGAGACCCUUUCACAGCGUCCUAUUGUACAUGGCCGCCAACGUCAUGUUCUGGUUUUUUGCUCUGAGCUCUUUGAGGUUGCUCUUUCUGCUGGCAUCAGGUCUGGCCCUGGGAGUUUGUGUCGACACAUGGAGGAAUAAGAUCUGGCCUAAGAUCAGAGUGAAAAGACAAGAUGAGAGUGAGAAUGAAAGCUGGGGUCUGGUGCAACCUGGGACUUUGAGUGUCCCUGAAUUAUGCCACCACCUGGCUGAGAUUUGGGUUACAGGGUCUUCCUGUGCAACAGAUAUUGUGCAGUUCAAACGGCAAAAUCCAGGGAAGUUUUGUAUGCUGUUUUGUGGCCUGUUCACCUUAGUGGCCAUGGUGGGGCGCUACAUCCCUGGACUGGUGCUCUCAUACGUGGCUUUGCUGGGUGUGUUGCUGUUUCCACUGGCUUUGUAUUAUCGGCUAUGGCAGCGUGGAUGUUUGAAGCUGGAGCCAGCCCUGCAGUGGCUGGACUUCAGCGCCAAAGGAUACAUGAUGUUAAAGCCCAUAGAAAACCCAUUUCUUCGAAAACCCAUCAGGAGAGGGACCUCAGAUGAUGCUAGUGAUAGCGAAGAGGAACUGGCUGCGUUCUGCCCAACGUUUGACGAAGCAUUGGUUGCUAAGGAACUGGCUCUGACUGACUCUGAGCACUCUGAUGCAGAGAUGUCGUACAUGGAUAACGGCACCUUUAACCUCUCCAGGGGUCAAACACCCCUCACAGAGGGCUCGGAGGAUUUAGACAGGCACAGUGAUCCAGAGGAAUCAUUUGCCUGUGGGCUUCCAGACUUUCCCUCCAUCAACCCAGAUGCCACCCUGAUGGAGGACGAUGAUGAUGCCAGCUUCGGGCUGCCCAGUCUCAACUCGGCCGCGUUCUCCGGCCCUCGCGGCUCUACUACCUCUGCCCUGUUGGAUCUGGACACCCAGAUGGACUCUGAUCAGGAAGACCUCGACCCCGAGAUCUCCCUAGGCUCCCUAAAUACUACCUCUGACCUUGCCAGUAACCUGGCAGGGGUCAUCGCCAGCAACAUGAUCCAGGCAGCCAUCGCAGGAGCCAUGCAGCCCCGGCCACCGCAAGGUCCUCGGAGAGAGAGUGGCCCACGGCCAGGAGCAGCUCCGAGGGGAUUCAGAAAGCAGUCGAGCUCGGAGCUGGACACAGACCUGGACUUUGAUGGAGAGGACUUUGAGAUGUUGGAUCAGUCCGAGCUGAACCAGUUGGAUCCUUUGGGAGGUGGGCAGGGAGGUCAGAACAGAAACCAGGGGUCGAGUUUCCUAUCCAACUUACUGGGGAAGCCACAGUGAGCCCGUCUUACAGAUGCUACCUCCGUCUGUUUGCUCCUCAUGUCCUUGCACCUUGAUCCUAGUAGAAGUUGUUUGCAGUGUCGCUUUGAAUGUCUACUGAGAUGCUUUCAAUUUAUCUGAGCGAGUGAGAGAGAGAAAGAGAGAGAGACUUUGUUUGUUUUGCACUGUUAAUGUAAUAUUAGAUUCUCCUUCCAGGUUUCCUCCACUGGCUGCAGUUGAUAUCACUGUGAAGUAAUCUAGUCUGAAUCUUCUCCUUUUAUGCUCCGUGAGCUUCCUUCCUUGUCCUCUCGUUUAAAAGACUCUUGGUAGGCUAAGCAAUAGCACAACAAUCAGAACCAUUUAAAAUGAUCCGAAAUUUCUUUAAGUUCUUAUAAACCAGCAAACAGCAUACAAGUCUUAUAGAUCUUUCACAUGUUUCUUUUUCAUACAGACUGAAUUGUUGUUAUCUUCAAUAAUAACACACAUGGGACCAAAUCAGACAUUCCACCCCCAAUGCUGAGUCAAGACGAUUAAUGUUUGCAAAAUAUUAAGUUGCCUGUAAGGAAGAUUGUGAAAUCUACAGUCAAUACGUCAUUGAGCAGAGGACACUAAAGAAGUAGCAGUUACUUAUUAUCUCAUGAUGUUAUUAAAGGGGAUAGUUCACCCAAAAAUUAACCUUCAUUUACUUUUUCUCAUGUCAUUCCAAACCUGUAUGACUUACUUUCUUUUAUGGAAAACAAAAAAAAAAAUGUUUAUACAGGUGUGGAAUGACAUGAGAAAGUAAAUGAUGACAAUUUUUUUUAAAAAUUUUUUUUACUUACUAACUGCACAUUCUUUUCACCAGGUCUUGUCUGAUGGUAAAGUUAUUUCUUCAUUUCUUGAAAACCAAGGAAUAGGGUUAAUAAAUGACAGUAACUCUUAUGAAGAUAACUCCUAAUGAAGAUCUUUGUUGUAAAAUUAGGGCAAAUUUACAGUAUAUUGUAUUUAAAAUUGCUGUUUUUCAUCUGUUCAUCUGUCAAAAAAGAAGAAAAAACAACAACUAACAGCCCAGCAAUGCUGUCCAUCUGGAUAGCACGGCAGUGCAUUGAUUUUGUUUGUAAUGACUCUACCUCAAACAAGACAUAGGGCUGUAACUGCCACCUGUUUGUACACAGCCUCCUCUCUUCAAAAACACCUUUAACCGUUCGGACUUUAUACAGGAACUUUUAUACAGGUAGCAGCAGGAAAACUGUAGAUGUCUGCACCCUCUCAUCUGGUCUGGUCUGAUAUGAGAUUUAACAUUCAGUACAUUACUGAAGCACAAGAGGAUUUGAGAAAUCACCUUUCUUACUUCCUUUCUUGUGUUAUGAUGGAGCUGGCGGAAUUAAAUGAGUUGAAUUUGCUGUGUUUUUAGUAGAUGCUGACCCUUUUCCCAAGCUCAGUUUCUGUUUUUGACCCAAUGCUAAUAAACUCGUCAUUGCUGGCUUUGAUCGUUGUGUACACUGGAAAGUAGGAAACACACUGGGAAACUGCUGUACCAAUAAAAAGGCAUAAAGUUACCAGGGAUCAGUGAAGUGUUUUCUAUUUUCCAACUGUACCAUUUUUUUUUCUCAUUUUAAUUUGAAGUAGUGGAGCGUUGAAGAAAUGUGAUGAAUCAGCUUUUAUCUUUCGCACAGUCUGUCACUUUCUGCUAUUCCAUUUUGUUUAUUACAUUUAAAACAAGUCUUAAUCCAGGUUAGAAGAGUUAGAAGAGUGCUGUUUAUUGGAAUGUUUCGUCUUUUGCAACUUUUCUCUUGUUUUUGCUUGGUUGUGAGCCCUAAGAUUUUGAAUUGCUGAUAUUUUUUGAUUGCUGUGUUAAAAAAGGUUUGAUUGUGAAAGUUGUGGGAUACUUAUUUUUUUGAAAAUGGUUGAAGUAUAAUGCAGAUUUUCCCCUUUUUAACUUUUAUGUUUAUUCAUCAUUAUAAUUAAUGAUUUACUGUUUAUAUGGACACACUUUUCUGUUUAAAAAACUUUUUUUUUAAUUGAUUGAUAAAUUCUCCAUAUUUAUUUUGAAAAAGCAUCUAUAUAUAUAUAUAUAUAUAUAUAUAUAUAUAUAUUAUAAGUGUGUCAGUGUGAACACCAUUUAGUGGGAAAAAUCUCGGGACAUUUUCCCGUCUCUUCACCUCUUUGUGGUCGAUUUAAAGAAACGUCACCAGCAAUUCAAAUUGGACAAUGAAGUGGUGUUUUAUACAUAAAACAAAAUUAUGUCCUGUGUCAUCUAUUGAUGUUGUAUUGAUGUUAGUGAUUUAAAAAUAAAUCAGUUAGCAGUCUGCCAUGUUGAGGAAAAUGUAAAAUACAGAAUCAGUCAUCUUUUCUUUCUUUGUGUGAGUGUUUUUACAGGAGUCUUUCUGUAGCUGGAUUCUGCAAUGUCAGUGAUUUUUAUUUCUGUACAGUAGUACUGCCCUCUUCCAUUCUCUGUAAUUGAUUUUGAUAACUUUUGAUGUGCAAGACAAUAAACAAGUGAAUGAAUAUAUUAUAAAUAA